UCAGAACAGCUCAUACCUCACAAUGCCCUCAAUUACACCCAAAAAAAAAGGCUCAGUAAAGGUGAAGAGUUAAAUGCUCACCAAUCGCCUUUAACUCGGCCUCUUGAACCAAACCAACUUCAUCUUUGUUCUUCUCUCUUCUUUCAGUUCAUUUCACUACUUCUCAGAUCUCUCUGGCUUGAAACACAAAAAUGAAUAAUCUAGAUCUUAUGAAGUUACAGCAGUCCUGUGUUCUCAGAGUGAACAUACACUGUGAUGGCUGCAAAAGGAAAGUGAAGAAAGUGUUGCAGAAAAUUGAUGGUGUGUAUUCUACAAGCAUAGAUGCAGAGAAAGGGAGGGUGGUAGUAGCAGGCAAUGUUGAUCCAGCCAUUCUCAUCAGGAAGCUUGAGAAGUCAGGGAAACAUGCUGAGUUAUGGGGGCCUCAAAAGGGCUCAAACAACUACCAAAAUCUUCUCAACAACCAGUUCAAAAACAUGCAUUUUGAGAGUGGUAAGGGUGGUGGGAAUAAUAACAACCAACCAAAAGGAGGCCAUCAACCACAACAAAUUAUGCAGCAAUUCAAAGGGUCUAAGGACAUGAAGAUGAUGCCCCACAAGGAUAAAAAAUCUGUCAGGUUUCAAUUGCCUGAGGAUGAGUUUGAUGAUGAAGAUUUUGAUGAUGAGUUUGAUGAUGAUGAUGAUGAUGAUGGUGAAGAUUUUGAUGAUGAGUUUGAUGAUGAUGAAGAGUUUGAUGAGGAGGAGGAGUUCGGCCAUGGUCGGCAUGGCCAGAAUGGUCAUAACUUCCCCAACAAGAUGAUGCCCAUCAUGAAUAAUGGGCAUGGUGGGAAACAUGGGCCUAACAUUAUGAUGAAUAAUGGGCCUGUAAUAAACGUGAAAAAAGGUGGGGGUGGUAAUGGCAAUGGAGGAAAUGGUAAAAAGGGUGGAGUUAUUGAUAUACCAAUUGUAGUUACAGGAGACAAAGAUGGUAAAGGAAAGAAAGGAAGCAAAGAGAAUAACAAAGAAGGGAAGCAAAGUAAAGGAGGUAAAGAUAAAAGUGAUGGUAAAAAAAAGAGUGGUGGUGGGUUUCUAGGGUUUGGCAAAAAGAAAGGGGGUGAAGAUAAAAAGAGUGGUAAAAAUAGCAGUGGUGGCGGUGGGUUAUUAGGGUUUGGCAAGAAGGAUAAAAAUGAAAAAGAUGGUAAAUGCAGUCACAAGAAUGGCAAGAAUGGAGGUGGUGGAAACAAUAAUGGCAAUGGGCCCAAAAAAGGUGAGGGCAAGAAUGAUGGGCUCCAUGAUAUGAAGAAAAUGAAGAAUGAUUUCCAUGAUAUUGAUGUCACUAACCAUGGCAAAGGUGGCAAAGGAAAUGCAGGAAAUGGUCAUGGUGGUGAUCAUGGCAAGAAUAUGGGCCAGAUGGGUCAGAUGGGUAAUUACCCAAUGGGGCAAAUGGGUAAUUACCCAAUGAGGCAAAUGGGUAACUAUCCAAUGGGGCAAAUGGGUAAUUACCCAAUGGCUCAGAUGGGCAAUAUUCCAGCAGUGCAAGGACUACCAGCAAUGAAUGGUGUUGGUGGAUAUUAUCAUCAAGGUAUGGGGGGGCCAGGGAACCCUUAUAAUUAUAAUCAACAAUAUAUGGCAAUGAUGAUGAAUCAACAGAGGAUGAACGGUGGAAAUGAGAUGUAUCAACCAAUGAUGUAUGCAGGUGUGAACUAUGGACCACCACCAUCAUCAAUGAACCCUCGUGUAACUGAGCCUUACACUCACAUGUUCAGUGAUGAGAAUGCUAAUAGUUGUAGUAUCAUGUAAAACUGUUUAGAAAUAGUUCAAUCUUUGUUUUGGGUUUUGGUUAGUUAUCUUGUCUUUGUCUACUUUUGUAGUAUUACUUAUACAACAGGGGUGCAAUGCAAGGUAAAAAAAUAUACCAUAUAAUAUUGCCCAUAAUGAGUAUUUUUUUGUUUCAUCA